CGGUCCCUCAGACCCUCAAGCCCCGGGAUGUUUAAAUCGCACCUUGCUAGCGACCACCACUCCUUAGGAUACUACCUAAUUUAUGUGGGACCGUGUUUCAAACUAUUUUUUUUUCUUCCCUGCUUCUUUCUCGUGUCAUUACGUUUUGCUAGCCUUCUGCUGUAGAUGGAACAUUUGCCGCCGGGAUGGCAGAUGUUGCGACGAGACAGAAUGGAGGUGUGUGAGGAGUCUUUAUCCUAUAGGAUAGAGAUGGUGAGUGUGGGAGUUAGCACAGAGCCCUGCCAUGCCAGGUGGGAGGUAGAGACAGAUGAAAUUGUCCUACAACGGCGGCAAAAGCAGAUAGAUUAUGGCAAGUGCACGCCUGGUUACCAGUGCUUUCUGCAGCAGGUUCCCAAGGCACAGCGACAGCCAGGAUUUCACCCUCAAACACCAAACAAGAACAGGAGGUACAGUCGUCGCUCCUGGGAUGCCCAGAUCAGGCAAUGGAGAAGAGCUCUACAUUCGUGGGACCCCCCUAGCCAGCCUCUGCAGGGCAGGGGGGCUGAGGGGUACGAAAUGGAGAGUCUCUUAAAGCCAAUGGAUCCCACCCCUUUGGAUGACUUGUCUCAGGCCAUAGAACCCUCAGAGAAUCUGGAUGAGGAAAAGAAGGGAGCCUCUGCUGGAAUCCACUGGAGCAGGGUCAGAGAUGAGGUCUGGCUCAGGAGGUUACAAUUUUGAUGGGGUUCAAGGUAGUAGCCCAAGAACAAAAGAAGAAAAAUGCGACAGCAGGAAAAAAUGGCAGGACAUGAGUA